CUCCGUCGCCGGCUCCACCGUUCUUGCUGUACCCUCUCACGUGCUAACACCACACGUGUCAAUCACUCAACGUUUCUUCUUGUCAACGCCGUCUGCGAAUUUAACGGUGCUUCUAAACAUAUAUAAUCACUGUCACACCCUUCUACUUUUUCAAAGUUUUCUCACUCAAAUAAUAAAUAUAAUAAAGUGUUCAAAAAUAAAUAAAUAGUUGUUUCAGUAUGAAAACGGUCCUUUUCCGAACCGGUUCCGGCUCAAUUCCGGCGGUUGUUCCCGGUUCUCAGAGAGCAGUCUCUGUUUCCACUCGUGAAUCCAUCGGUAAAGUGUUUAAUGGAGAGAAGAAGAAAGGAUGUUCUUCUCCUAUGAUCUCUCUGUAUUCGGAAGUCAAUCGUCGCGGUAUACGCCGGGUUUCAUCUGAAUCCGACGUGAUCCGGUCGGGAUUUGAAGGUUCGAGUGUAUCUAGAAAGUUGAGUAAGAUUGGAUCGAGGUCAUUAUCGUCAAUAAUACCGGAGGAGGAUUGCGGUUCUGAACAGAAUGAGUUGGAGGUUUUGCGAAGUAUUGGAUCACUGAGUUUGACGGAAGAUCGACGGAGUUACGCUGGAGACUGGCAUAGGAACAGUAUUCCAGUCGAUGAGCUUGGAUUUUCCGGCGGUGGAAUCGGCUCCACCAAAAACAAAAAGUUUGGCGGCAAUGGUGACGGUAGAGAUGAGUUCGAUGCAGAUAGUUUAACCGGCGGAAAGUCAGAUCCAAGGAAAAUUGGAGCCUAUUAUAAGGAAAUGCUGAAUUCAGAUCCUAUGAAUCCUCUUCUUCUUAGAAACUACGGCAAGUAUUUGCAUGAGGUGGAGAGAGAUUUUGUGAAGGCUGAAGAAUGCUACGGAAGAGCUAUACUUGCAAGUCCUGGUGACGGAGAAGUGCUUUCUCUGUAUGGCAAAUUAGUUUGGGAGACGCAGCGAGACGAAAACAGAGCCAAAUCUUACUUUGAUCAAGCUGUUCACGCUUCUCCUAAUGACUGCACUGUGUUGGGAUCGUAUGCACACUUCAUGUGGGAAGCCGAAGGAGACGAAGACGAAGACGAAGAAAGAGAAACAGUAGCAGCUGGAGCAUCAAUGGUUGCAGCUUACUAGCCUGCAGAAAACAGAUAAAAAAAAUAAAAUUCUAUUACUAUGUUAAGUUCACCUUCGGCUUUGGAUGGGAAGCUAGUUGAGACCUAAUUAACUUAAUUUAAUGUACUUGUAAAAUGUGUAAAAAGAACCUAAUAAAAGAGGGAGUAUGUAUUAAACUUAAAUUAACUAAAUCAAUGUUCUAAUUGAAAAAAUGAAGGGGGAAAUCUGUAGAAGAGAGUCAAAAGAGAAGAAAUAAUUAUAAGUGUGUCUACAGUUUGAAGUUUUUGGUGUACAUGUAUUAACUAUUAUUAGUGCUCUUGCAAGUCUGAUUUAGCACCGGAAUGAGAUUAGUAAUGUAUCAAAGCCUUCCCUUUUAAUUUGAUCA